AUGACGAAUCCUUCGCGAGAUGCUCGACCCGAGGAUCGGCCUCCUGGCCUAGAUUAUCCUGAUCCCAGAUCAGUGCGUGGCAGUCAUCAGGUGCAUCAAGCAGUGAGUCAAAUCAACGGGCCCAGAAUACGGAGGACCCGGGCCUCGUCCUCGAGGAGAAGAAUGCACUUGGCCAACGAGGUUCCACCUCAAGGUUCGGCCGGCGGAAAUCAUCUUUCCGAUUAUGCUCUCACCGCCGAUUUGCUUGCCGAGAGGACACUGGAUGGACUUCUCGCCGAGCAUCCUGGAGAACUUGUUCGUACAGGUUGCCCACAUGUGGUGUGCACGGUAUUGCCAUCACAUUGGAGAUCGAACAAGACUCUUCCGGUAGCCUUCAAGGUAGUAGCUCUCGGCGAGGUUGGAGAUGGUACUCUCGUGACCGUUCGGGCCGGAAACGAUGAGAAUUGUUGCGCGGAACUACGAAAUUCUACUGCUCUAAUGAAAAAUCAGGUCGCCAAAUUUAAUGAUCUUAGGUUCGUCGGACGAAGUGGUAGAGGGAAAAGUUUCACCCUGACGAUCAUGCUGCAAACAUCACCGCCGCAAGUGGCCACCUUGUCGAAGGCGAUCAAGGUGACUGUGGACGGUCCAAGAGAACCGCGGUCGAAGACAAGACAUCAGGCCUUUCAUCCCUUUCACUUCGGACCUCGUCCAUUCCCCUUCGGACAUCCGCAGGACCCAUUGGGAUUCAAACUGUCGGGAUUGCAACACCUGGGUCUGGAGCAAGGAGCGGGCCAGGGAUGGGGUGGGUUACCCCGAGGAUCUCUACCACCGCACUGUCUUCCACCGCCUCCCGGUCAUCACCCGCACACACAUCCACAGCCGGUUGGUGCAUCAGCCUUCAACCCUUUCCAUCAUGCCAUCGAACAGAGAUCUCCGAGGCUACCUGGACCUAAUGCCGAAUCUUCGAGGAAUGACUUGGGUCCUAUCAGUGUGUCCGUGAGGGAAGUAACGCCGACAACGUCACCCGGCAACCCUGGACCGGGCUUGUUGACGACGGCUUCCGUGACGGCACCGACGCCUCCCGCCGAGUCGACCACUACUACUACGAGCCCGUCUGGACAUCACUCACACUUUCAAGGUCUACAUCUGCUGGGUGCCACGGGAUCUAUCUUCGGAUCGAUAUUCGCGCCAUUGUUACCACAGUCCUCUUGGCUUUAUAACCCUUUGUAUCACACGCAACAGUACAUCCUGGAGCCGGAAUGGCACGCUUUGGCCUUGAGAAUGGCUCAACAACGACUGCAGAGGCCGGAUCAGGCUCGAUUGGAGGAACUCAGGAAACUUAGGAGCAGCAGCGACAGUCCCGAGAGUACGAAAGACGAAGAACGGAGAGGAGACGAUCAAGGCACUUUACGUCGAUCUGGACUGGAUAGUCCUGACGAUAGUAUCGAAGUGGAUGAUAAGAACGAUCAAGAUCUAAAUAGAGACCGCAUUAGAAGCGAUGAGUCAAUACCCGAGCAAGAUUCUCCAAGAAUCUCGCCGAUCAGGAGCGAUCUGGAAGAUGCCGCGUCUACAGAUGCCACCUUUCAAGAAGCAUCGAUUCAUCUACGACAAAGUAUAGAAAAUUUAAACGAUUCGGAUCUUCAAAUUGAUCAAGAUCAGAUUACUCGUCGCGGUGAUCUCACUGUAAAAAUCCGUCUAGAGGGUACGGUUGAUCUUAGCACGAAGAAGGGCCAGGAUAAGGAAAACGUUGGUCAAGAUCUGACGACACGAAGAAAGGAGGAUGGAAUAGAUGUCGAAAGAGAAGCCAUCAGAUCACGAAGAGAAAGAAGUCCUAAGCCUAGACAGGUGUGGAGACCUUAUUAA